AUGAGUGUGUUCUUAAUCCCGCAAGAGGUUACAAGAGAUAUUGAAGGCUUGAUGUCCAAGUUCUGGUGGCAAUCUUCGAACAACUCUCCUAAAGGUAUUUAUUGGAUGUCUUGGAAAAAGCUUUGCAAACAUAAAUCUAAAGGAGGCAUGGGUUUUCGAAAUUUGAGAAGUUUUAAUUUGGCUCUUUUGGAAAAGCAAGGUUGUCGACUCCUCACAAAACCUGAAAUGCUUGUCUCGAGAAUUUUUAAAGCAAGGUAUUAUCCACGUGGUACUUUUUUCACUGCUGAAAUUGGUAAUAACCCCAGCUAUGUUUGGCGUAGUGUUCUUGAAGCUCGUCAAUUUCUGACUCAUGGUGUUUGUUGGUCUAUUGGAGAUGGCAUUUCUAUUUCGGUCCUUGGUGAACCUUGGCUACCCGACACUCAAAAUCCUUUUGUUUCAUCUUCACAUCCAGCUCUUGAUGGGUCGGGUUGGGACGAAGAUAUAGUUGCUGAUUUGUUUGAUCAGCGUGAUCAAAAUCUGAUCCUUGCAAUUCCUAUGCAUCAUGGUCACGGUCGAGAUAACAUUACAUGGAAUGGCUCUGCUACUGUUGAUAAUUUCUGGAAGAAGUUUUGGGCUUUGAAGCUACCUCCGAAAAUGAAAAACAUGCCAGGAGGAGAGACAAUAUACCAUGCUCUCGUGGUCUGUCCAGCUGCAGAACUCUGCUUGAACAGAGUUGGUAUCGAUGCAGAUCAGAAAAAGUUCUUGGUUGCUCUUUGUUGGUCAAUAUGGAAUGCAAGGAAUGACAAGGUUUGGAACAACAAAGUGUCAAGUGUGGAAAGUGACGGAGCUGAGCAGUGGCAGCCACCACAUGGAGAUAGCAUUAAGGUUAAUGUCGAUGCCGCUAUAUUUGCCGACACAAAUCAGUUUGGUUUUGGUUUUGUGGUUCGUAAUUCACAAGGACUUUUCAUGGAAGGAGUUACCAAGCUUUUUAAUGGUUCGGCAACACCAGAAUUUGUGGAAGCUUUGGGUGUAAAGGAAAGUUGGAUCAAAAGAAAUCAACCAUGUCAUGCUAUCCUUGAAACCGACUGCUUAGUCUUUAUCCAAGCCUUGCGUAGUUCAAUUGAAAUGAUUUCCAUGUUUGGUCAAGUGGUUAAUGAUUGUAAGGCGUUAUUUAAAAAACUUAAAAAUAUUAUCUUUUUUAUUAGGCGAUCAGCUAAUAAAGUGGCUCAUAAGUUUGCUAGAGCUUCUUUAUUCUAUCUUGAUUGCAAUUUCAAUUUGGGGUCUGUCCCAGUUGAUUUGUUACCUUCUUUGGUAGUUGAAUUUAAUGGUUAA